GGAUGAGGGGGAGGCAGAGGGAGGAGGCAAACAGGGAUUUGCAGCAGAGUGGAGAGACAGAAAGGGGGCAGUGGCACUCAGUGACAGAGAGCUAAACACACUCACAUGGACACACACACAUAAACACACACCUCUGUGUCUCCUACCAAACGUGUCAGUCAACCAGUCGCUCAUUUUUUGUGUGAGUGUGUGUGUCUGCUGGGGAUGUUGAAAAGAGCCGGCCGCCGUCCUUCACCCCUGUGACCAACGGCCAAACAAACGGCGUGAGGAAGUCGACGUUUGAGGAAGACUCACAAACCGUUUCCUGGCAUCCCUGCUGUUGCUGCCGUCUAUGAACCGCUCUGAGGCGGACGAUUGGGCUUUCCAACGAUCCUGACACAAGGAGAACCUCGGUGAAGCUCCCUCCAUCAGCGCCAGACGCCAUGUCCUCCCCACCCCUCCCCAUGCCUUCUCUGCCCCCCAGCCCCCUUGCCAUGGAGUACCUGAACGACUUUGAUCUUCUCAAAUUCGAGGUGAAAUCUGACACCCCUCCACUCCCCCCUCCGUGUGCAUAUCCCAAAGCUGGCGUCGGUCAGGACUCCUCCGGCUCUCCGUACACCAGCCACCCCCCGCAGGACUCCAGCUUGAACUCCAGUCCUUACAACUCGCUGCCGCCUUCGCCGACGCUCAGCGACGCCCACCCGCCACCUUCAGGUUCUUCCUCCCUCUCCUCAUCCUCCUCCUCCAUCUCCUUCCCCCUCUCCAUCUCCAACAGCUUCACGUCUGGCGUCAGCUCGGGCUCCCAGGGGACCGUGGAGGGAAGUCCGGCUCAUGGAGGCCCUCAGGGUCCCACCCCGGCCUCCUUGGAGGACCUGAUCUGGUUGGCUGCUCUGCAACAACAGUUUGGGGGUGAGAUGGCGGGCCCUGCCUCUUUGCUCGGAGCCUUGGGAGGGGUGCCAGACCGAGGGGACAGGGAGAGGGGGCCAGUUAACGGCUUCCUGGGAUGUGAGGACGCUGUGGAGGCUUUACUCAACUCUGCUGCUGCGGCGGUGAGCUCACAGUUUCCGGGACUUUCCCAAAGUUCGAGCUCCAACCUGGGAGACUCCAGCAGUGACAGCGGAGGAGACAUCUCCUGCGCUAAGGCAGCCGACAUGUGCCAUCGCCCGCUCGUCUUCCUGUCAUCAGCGCCCCCGUCACUAUCCAACGGCACUCCCAUGUCAGCUCCCUUCCCACAGCCCCUCAGCCCCCAGGGCCGCCUUCAUCACCACCCGCACCAUCAUCAGCAUCAUCCGCACCAUCCCAUGCACGGCAGCCAUCACCAUCAUCACCACCAAGUCAGCCAGGUACAUCCAGACGCCAGGGGAAGGCUUCCCGAUGAGGAAGACCCUGGAUUCUACAUGUACAACAAAGAACGGCGUCUUCUCCUCCUUGUGUUCCCUCCAUCUGCUCAGCAAAGUGGAGUGAACGAGCGCUUCUCUGACGAGCAGCUGGUGAGCCUGUCAGUGCGGGAGCUGAACCGACACCUGCGCGGAGUGAGCAAGGAUGAAGUGGUGCGCCUGAAGCAGAAACGGCGCACGCUCAAGAACCGCGGGUACGCGCAGUCGUGCCGCUACAAGCGCCUGCAGCACCGCCACGCUCUGGAGUCGGAGAAGCACGUGCUCACGCAACAGCUGGAGCAGCUCCAGUGUGAGCUGACCCGAGUGCUGAGGGAGAGAGACGCCUACAAGGCUCGCUACGAGAAGCUCCUCAGCACAAACCCCGGAGCCGCUGGAGAGGCUCCUCCGGCACGCACCGGCAACCCAGGAUCCCCACCGCCCGACUACUUCCUCUGAGCCCUAAAUGGAGCAUCAGCUGUGGAGUAAUGAGACUUUCAGAGGAGCGACGUGUUUGUGUGGGCUGUGUGUGCUUGACGGACGGACAGGGUUCGGCAGAUAGCGUGUGGGGCUGCACCACAGCAAAAACCUCCCUGUGAGGGACGUAGAUUUCUUUCACUGUGAAUGCACCGCUCAAAAGUAACUGAGAAUCGCUUCAUUAUGCAAAAAAAAAAAGAUUUAAAAAAACCAAAGCUGAGUAUGAUAUCUAUGCAAAAUGACGCUCUCCAAAUGAGUGGUUGAAGCUCGUUGUAGUUAAUUAUUUUCCUUUUUCUAUGCUGCUAAAGCUGCAGAGGUCUGAGUAGUGCAGUGGUGAUACACAUGGAGUGGUUCGGGCUUGGAUGAAAGUGUCCACGGUAUGCAGUUAAAUAUUCGCCAGCUAAUAUUUCACAGUUGCCUACCAAAGUGUUUAAGCUCACCAAGACUUCUUAUUCUUUGUAAGAUGAAUAAUCAUAGAUGAAAGAAUGUAAAAGAAUACCUUUCUUGGGAAUCUUCCAGUGAUUGUGCUAAACCAAUAGUGGACAUAAACGGUAGCUCUUGUGUUUUAGCAAAGAUAAACUCUUUUUGUUAGUUUUUAGCCAUUAUAGUGACAGGUUUGUUGUUUUUGCUCUGAAAAAAAACAUGUUUUGUUUGACUCUUGAUCGUGAGCUUAAUGACAACAAAUGAUAAACGACGGAAGAGAAAAAUAAAAGUGCGGCAUGAUUUGUGUGGUUUUGUCCAGUUCUCCGGCCUAAAUAAGAUAUUUAUGGGGGAGUGGAACAGCUCCGACGUACGUGGACAAUCACUAUUUUCAAUGAGCUGGUGACUGUGGAAUACUGAUGACUCAUUUAAGGUGCAGGGAUAAACAGAAAUGCAAAAAAAAAAAAAAAUCAUGGAGACUCUUUCUUAAAUGUCCCAUGAAAAGUUUGCCAGGUUUUGUGCAUUAGAGCUAUUUAUUUUGUUUGGGUGUAGGUUCCAUAAGUUGUUCUUUUAUUUAUUCACUUAUUUAUGAUGUAUUUAUCAUUUAUUUAUGUACGGAUUCUAAUUAUUUGACUGGUUUUAUUCCAUUAGCAUGUAUUUUUACUUUCCUACAGUUUAUUCUUUCAUUCAGUUGUAAUUAGAAUUAACAUAACAUUAAAAAAUGGCCAUUAUUCAGGUUUUCUGCUCCUGUUGUAGUGUGGUUUUAUAUGCCUAUGAAAUAAACAAAGUUCUAUAACAUCC